CCUCGGUCCAGCCCUCAGGUUCCAGUAAAGCCCUGCGGUCCUGCCGCCUUGCGGUACUCUUUGCUGGCUCUCCACCCUCACUCGACCUCUUCGGCGAGAUAGCUUCUCAAGACAUGGCUGCCCAGUGUGUCACAAAGGUGGAACUAAAUGUUUCCUGUAACCACCUUUUGGAUGCAGAUGUAACAUCAAAGUCGGACCCUUUAUGUGUAUUGUUUUUGAACACGAGUGGUCAACAGUGGUAUGAGGUUGAACGGACAGAAAGGAUUAAGAAUUCUUUGAAUCCCAAAUUUUCUAAGACAUUUGUUAUUGACUACUACUUUGAAGUGGUUCAGAAGUUGAAGUUCGGAAUCUAUGACAUCGACAACAAAACUAUCGAGCUGAGCGACGAUGACUUCUUGGGAGAAUGUGAAGUCACUCUUGGACAAAUUGUUUCCAGUAAGAAGCUAACUCGACCACUGGUGCUCAAAAAUGGGAGACCUGCAGGGAAAGGGAGUAUUACGAUUUUAGCAGAAGAAAUAAAAGAUAACAGAGUGGUAUUGUUUGAAAUGGAAGCCAGAAAACUGGAUAAUAAGGAUCUGUUUGGGAAGUCAGAUCCAUACUUGGAAUUUCACAAGCAGACAUCAGAUGGCCACUGGCUGAUGGUUCACCGAACAGAGGUUAUAAAAAACAACCUGAAUCCCAUAUGGAAGCCUUUUAAAAUCUCUCUGAACUCUCUAUGCUAUGGAGAUAUGGACAAAACCAUUAAGGUGGAGUGUUAUGAUUAUGACAAUGAUGGAUCACAUGAUCUCAUUGGAACAUUUCAGACCACCAUGACAAAACUCAAAGAAGCCGCCAGAAACUCACCUGUUGAAUAUGAAUGCAUAAAUGAAAAAAAGAGACAGAAGAAAAAAAGCUACAAGAAUUCAGGUGUUAUCAGUGUGAAGCAUUGUGAGAUUACUGUAGAAUGCACAUUUCUUGACUACAUCAUGGGAGGGUGCCAGCUGAAUUUUACUGUGGGAGUGGACUUCACCGGUUCCAAUGGUGACCCCAGUUCUCCAGACUCCCUGCAUUACAUCAGCUCUAAUGGUGUUAAUGAGUAUCUGACUGCCAUCUGGUCUGUGGGAUUGGUAAUUCAAGAUUAUGAUGCUGAUAAAAUGUUUCCAGCUUUUGGUUUUGGAGCUCAGGUGCCCCCUCAGUGGCAAGUGUCUCAUGAAUUUCCAAUGAACUUUAACCCCUCGAACCCCUAUUGUAAUGGAAUUCAAGGCAUUAUAGAGGCUUAUCGGACCUGUCUUCCUCAGAUAAGACUCUAUGGACCAACUAAUUUUUCUCCAAUUAUAAAUCACGUGGCCAGGUUUGCAGCUGCAGCUACACAACAGCAGACAGCUUCUCAAUACUUCGUGCUCUUGAUCAUCACGGAUGGCGUGAUCACAGACCUUGAUGAAACCAGACAGGCAAUCGUCAAUGCAGCCAAGUUGCCCAUGUCUGUCAUCAUUGUGGGAGUUGGGGGAGCUGACUUCAGUGCCAUGGAGUUCCUAGAUGCUGAUGGUGGAAGUCUCCGUGCCCCGUCAGGCGAGGUGGCCAUAAGAGAUAUUGUUCAGUUUGUGCCUUUCAGACAGUUCCAGAAUGCUCCAAAAGAAGCACUUGCUCAGUGUGUCUUGGCAGAGGUUCCCCAGCAGGUGGUGGGCUACUUCAACACGUACAAACUCCUUCCUCCCAAAAACCCAGCUGGGAAGUAGAAGGAGCCAGGACAGCUACAGGAUUUCAAACGCUGUGUGGAGCAAUGCCAUCCCUUAAACAGAAUGAUGGAUCUGCCGGCUGUGCUUUUUACCCCCGGGGUAUCUGGUGUAAACCCAGCUUCUUGUAUAUAUUCUAUCUGUUAAAGCAUACAUUUAAUACUUUUUGAAGAGGACAAUAACAAGUCUAUUUCUGCUCAGUGAAUUCAGUGAUUGUUAGUGAUUUAUAGAAAUUACAAGAGUGCUGUUUGGAAUUGACUUUAAUGUCGGAAAAUGAGGCUUGUUGGUCUGUUGUCUACUUUCUAUAAUGAAAUGCUAUUUUUAAAUGUUACCCAUGGAGUGAGUGAGGAAUUACUGGAUGAAGUGGAAUACAGGUUGCUAUACUGUUUAUAGUAAAUACUUUGCCAGCCAGUGUCUAUACUGUGACUGAGAGAGCUCCUUAAGUCAGGUACUGCGUUUAUACCUAUGACUAUAUUCUGUCCCUUCCUAUGCUGCAGUGCUACAGUGUAUAAAACUGUUUUCACAUGGUUGCUUAUGAAAACCAGUGGGCUUACAUUUUAAAAUGUGGAGAGCUCCUUGUAGACAAGACAUUUUUAUUUGCCUUUUGAAAUCUUUUCACUGUGAACUCUUGCACAUAGUAUGGCCUUUGCUUUACUGAGUAAAGAAGACACUCAAACUUCUGUGAGCAUCAAAUGAUAAGGCACCCCAGAGGCCAUGUGAUUAGGUCAGCAUAUGUGACUAAGUGAGUAGGAUUGCUUCAUUCACUAAAGCUUUGAGGACCAAACAUUUAAGGUGAAACUUCAAACACAGUUGCAGGCCAGGCAUUGUGGCACAUCAUCCCAGCACUUGGGAGGUAGAGGGAAGACAGCCAGCACAAACCAACCUGCCUACAUGGUUAAUUCCAGGUAGCUAACUACCUGGUGAGAAUGUGUUUCAGAAUAACAAAAAAAAAAAAAAAGUAAUUGAGAAAUAUAUUUCUUCUAACUAAUGGUAUAAUUGCAAAAGGUCAUUUGUAUUUUUUUCUUGCUAAGGUCCUAUGUAUUGAUUUGUAUAGAUUUAUUUAGAUAUUUUUACCUAAAAAUAGUAUUAUUAUUUUCGUUAAACUUUAGUUCUAGUUAUUUAUUAAUCAAAAUUCCAUUUUUCAUUUCAAUAAUGUACUAUUUCCUAAGACCAGAAUUCUGUUAAGCAUAAAACCUUUUAUAAGAUUUAAAAAAGAAAAGAACAAAAUAUACAAAUUCUGUUCUAGCUGCUACAUUUACAUAGAGUGGACUUAGUAUUCUUGUUUUGAAGAGUUGAAUGAUUUUCACUUCACCCUGUAGAACAUACUGUUAAGUGAGCACACAUUUUUGGAAUUGAUUCUGUAACAUUUGCCUGAGGAUCUGGAUGCCAAAUACUUUGCCAGUCUGUGCAGUGGCCAAUUAUCACUUAACAAUUUAACAAAAUUAUGUAUUUACCACAUAUCCUUAAGUGGAUGUCCACAGCACCAGCCAGCAUUUCUGUCAGUGUUACUGAGUCCUGCCACCACUGCCUGUGUCUUUCUUUUCUUCAGUCUUCUCAGAAACAACUUACUGCUGAGGUCUGGCUCAGGGAAGAUCCUUUUGUCUUGUUUGUCUAGCCCAGUGAGCAGUUGCCUCUUUCCUACAUGGGUAAUUGGCAUCUGGAUAUGUGCUGUUAACAUGAAACAAUGCACCUCUAUAUAAUAGGGUUUCUUAAAAUUUAUUUUCAUUUUCAGUCCUUUCAUUCAAGAAAUUUUUAUGUAACCCCAAUUUUAUAGGUAUACAAACCUAUAUUUAAGAUAGGCAUACAAAUCAAACAUUGCAAGUAAACCAAAAGGAAUUUAUUUUAGAUGCCUGGAGAGGUGGCUCCAGGUUAAUAGUACAUAUUACUCUUGCAGAGAACCUGUUGGUUUCCAGCACAUACAUCAGGCAGCUCUACUUGGUUGUAACUCCAGCUUCAGGGCAUCUGAUAGUCUCAUCUGCCCUCCACAAGGACCUGCUUGUGUGUAUGUGUGCAUACACACACACACACAGAGUUAUUUAACAAUUUUUUUUUAGAUUUAAAGUUUUACCAUUUAUUAAAGGUGAAAGCAUAUUUGCCUACUAGUGAGGUUUAUAUGCUUCUGUGCUUUUACAUAAGAACUCGGUCUCAGCUGACUAUUUUGUAUUGCAGAACACAGACAAUCUUAAAUGUACUUGAGUGUUGGUUGAUAUUUUGAUUUUUUUAUUGACAAUACUUAGAACCUUUUUUCACAUAAAUACAUAGUACAAAAUGCCAUCAAUGUUGAGAGGUGUUUCAGAAGUUGGAAAUUCUGUCCUUAUCCUAAGCCAAAACACAGUUAAAGUUUUUUUUUUUAAUGAAGCUUAUGCUGACAAUUUUUAAAAUCAAACUUUCUAGCAUAAGACAAUCUAGAGAUAUAUGGAUUUGAUAUUGACUUGAUUAAGAAUGACAGGAAAAUAUUGAAGUCUUUGUUUUCUGUAGCUAAUCGUUUAUGCUAAAGCUUAAAUGUAUGGUAAAGCUUAAAUGUAUGGUAAAGCUUAAAUGUAUGGUAAAGUCACUUUAAAUCCCAGCGCAUAAAGUAACCUGUAUUCAGGCAGUGUUUAUUUUUGCUGCGUGACAUGGCAGCUGUGUAGUGCAAAUGCUCCUGCUGACUCUGACAACCAAGGCUGCAGGGAAAUUGAAUGAUACGACAUGGGCAAGCUCUGCCCGAAACACCUCAGAGUCACUACACAUUUGGUUUUGAAUUAACUUUUCCCCAUUGCUCAUUAGAAAUCUUUACUGUUGUCUGGUUUUUCCAGUCAGUUACAUGACUCUCCAUGGGGCCAUGACCCACAGUUCAAGAAUGUGGGACCUAUGUCAGUAGUAACAAUUCAGUUAUCAAUAGAGGUGACGAAAUCUGAUUUUUUUUUCCUUUUUUUUUUUUUUUCUCAUCUGAAACCAUCAUUAUUCCAUGGUCUCAGUUUCAGGUCUCUGUGCUUGGGAACAUGUCACAGUGGCUUUUAGGACUUUCUUUUGCAUAUGAAGGGAACAGCACAGAAAAAUGCCUCAUAGAUUCUCUGUAUGUUAAGUGGUAGGAGAGGGACUUUUUGGCUCUGAAGCAAGGCUCACUAGGCUUGCUCAGCCCCAGAGGGUACUCAGAACUGCAGGCCCUUCAUCUGGCAGCCACCUUGUUUCUGCCGUGUGGUCUUUAACAGUUUUAUAAUCUGGUUUACCAACAUUUUUUUCUUUUUAAAAUAAUUUUUCCUUUAAGUGGCUCGUCUUGAUCAGGUUUUAUAGAUUUAUUAUUCACAGGAGCUGUGAUUCUGGCAAAUUAAGGUAAUCUAUAGCUUUCUGCAGUUUAAAAUAAAAGCAUUUCCAACUACUAGAUUAUCAUUUUAUAAAUUUUUUAGUUUCAGCAUGUACCUUCAUUCCAGACUAUUUUAUAGUGGUUUGUACUCAAAUACGUAUUUUUCCUUUUGUGCCACUAUUUGAACAAAUGCUCUUCACUCUUAAAGAACAUCUAAAAUAAAAAUCACCAAACUGACCUUUAUUUCCUACUUAUGUACAUGGACAUUCUGUGCAUAGACACACAGUUUCUCACAUGUUUAUAUUCAGAAAUUGUAUUUGUACUGGCCUAGUCACCUCCUUUUCUGUUUAAGAUUGAUUUGUUUAAGACCAUUAACAUUUUAAAUCUUCUGAGGGAUUUACACGUGUUGACUUUAGAUAGUGCUCUGUGAGCUUUUCCAGAGUAGACCCAGGGCCUUACUGAUCUUGUGCUGAGUUUUACAUACUUUGCCCUUUUCAUGUCAUACAUUUCCUACAAAGCCAUCUUCCAGAAUGCUUGCUCUCUAGGCUAGUUUUCAUGAAGUUGAUGUAAGGUAAGUUAGCAGCUGGGUGAAAAUUAUGAGCAGUUGUGUUGUGGCAGACGGCACAGUGUGUGCAUAAUUUACUAAAUACAUAAGUUUAUAUUAAAUACAUUUUCCGUGUGAGUUCCCUUUAAAUAAAGUUACUCUAGAUGUAA